AUGAGCAAUACCUUACCGCCCCGACCCUCCUCCAACGGCUCAACCUCCGUCGCCGAUGGACCUGGAGGGCGGUAUGGUCGUGGAGCGGGGCGCUCGCGCUCACCGCCGGACCGUGAUCGCGGAGGACCAUCGUAUGACCGCCGUCCUGCUCUCCAAACACGGCGCAGCUCGCCCCCGCCUGUACGAUACCCAUACGACCGACGAGACUCGGGUUAUGACUCGCGCGAUCACGACCUCAGACCCAACUACUCGGACAGCAGUGGGGGGCCCUGGCCGCGUUCUCGAUCUGGGUCGCCGCGUCCCAACCAUGACACUGGCGUGUUCAAGACCUUGGACGCGUUUACCAGAACACUGCAGUCCGUAUUGAUUGGCACCUCGAAGCGCGAGCUGGCGACUCGUGCACUUUACCGCCUAGAAGGCUUCAACGCCAACGAUGCGGCCCUCGCAGACGCACUGCGCAAAGUCGACAUUGCAGAGCGAGGCCUUCACGCCGAGACGACUGCGCUACAGGACACGUUUGUCGAACUCAUCCAGCGUGCCCUGUCACGUCCAGGCGCUCGCGAAGGCAAUGUGGAUGCCCUCCAGCUCGAGGCUUUACGCGACCGUAUUGCCAAGAUUGAAGACGGAUAUGUUAACGUCCGCGCGGCACAGACCGUCGACAGCAAGGGCAAGGGCAAGGCCGAGCAGAUCGAUUCCCCGACCCCGCCACCACCGUCCCAACCCGCCCCACCACCCCCUCCCAGCCCCCCACUUGAAGUUGAGGUGAACAAUGAUGUCGAGAUGGCGGUAGCUGUCGAAGACGACGACACUCCUGCACCGGAAAGCAAGUCGCCGGGCUCGAAGCGAGGACGUGCGCGCGCGCUCCUCGAAAGUGUCCUGGAUCGACUGGAGGCCGUCGAGGACCAAGUCGCAAACGUCAUCAACCAGGUCGACGACUUUGAGAACAUGGUUGCGGAUCGAGACAUUGAGACGGCCGAGAUGGUGGAGAGGUACGAGGAGAUGGCCACCGAAGCAACGGCCGUUGCCAAGCAGUACAAGUCGAUUCUUGCCAAGCGGGAAGCGCGCUACUGCCGUAACGCCGGCGAGCUCGUCGUCCGGCCCGAGUCGUCGUCCGGUGCAGCCAGCGCGUUGGGCUUGACGACUGACACCGCCGCAUCGGCUGCUCCACCUGGAACCGCUUCCCCGGUUCAGUCUACUGUUGCCGACGGUAGCACCAUGUCGCCGAGCACGCCCGGUACAGGCUCUCUCGCGCAGCGUGCGAUCAACACGAUCAAUGAGCUCAAGUCCAACGUUUCCAAGCUUCAGGAGGACGUCCAGGAAAUCAGGAAUGGGCUUGCACACAACAGCUCCGCCCUCGUCACGGCCUCCAAUGGGGCUCCACCCGCUGCCACCCAUGACGACUUUGAAGCGCGCAUCAGUGGCCAUUUCACAGGCCAGCUGGAGGUCAUGAAGAAGGAAAUGUUCACCGCACUCGGGGACACUAUCGGCAAACAGGUUAGGCAGCUGUUGGAUAAGGAGCGUACCUCGAUGCUCAAUGCCGUACACGCCUCGGUGAACCAGCUUCUGGAACACGAACGACCCAAGCUCCGUCAAGACGUUAUCGCGGCCAUCACCGCCAGUGCCAGUGCCAGUGCCCAACGCACCCCGGGCAGCAGCACCAGUAGCCCUUCCAUCAACAGCCCCGACGCUCCCUUUGUCCCGACGUAUGCUCAGCAGUUGUUCGCCUCAAGCCUCUCGUCUGAACAGCUGCAGACCUACAACGGUCUCAACGACAAUGCCAAGCGGAAUUUGCACGACAUGGAUCCAGUCAAGCAGAAACUGACGUUGGACAACCUCCACCAGUACAGUCAACAGAAACGACAACAGCAGCCGCAGCAACCCCAGGCGACAUUUCAGCAGAACCAGAUGAGCUUGCCCAAUACCAAUGUUACCUCCUGGGACCAGAUGGUUGGCGGCUCGGGGACUCCUGGGUCAACCACGCCGGGGAAUCAAACCCUUCUCACUCCGCAGCAACUUGCUCUUGCACAACAGCAGGCUCCGCACGAGGCUGAAGAGCUGGCUGCACAGGAAGAAUUGAGACUCAAGUGGCAGCAGCAGCAGGAGCGGGCCCAGGCGCAGGCGCAGACGCAAACGCAGUGGUUCUCUCCCCCACAGUAA